AGUCCAUGGCGCCACGGCCCAGCCGACCUCUCCGUUAGCCCCGCGCGUAACCCAGCAGUGACGCCAGCACGCCUGCGACGCGCAUGAGCACCUUCCUCACGCCAUACACACACCCCCUGCCCACCCCCCGACCAGGGGCAACGGCCUCCCAAAAUCACCUGCGCUGCGGGCACGGAGCCCGCCCCAGCGCCCACGGCUGUCAUGGGUGAGGCGGCGCAGCGCCCGCGCCCCGGCGUCGGAGUGGGGGUGGUGGUCACCAGCCCCGCGCACCCGAACUGCGUCCUCCUGGGCAAGAGGAAAGGCCCGCUGGGGGCCGGCACCUACCAGCUCCCCGGAGGCCACCUGGAGUUCGGGGAGAGCUUGGCGGAGUGCGCCGCGCGCGAGACGCUGGAGGAGGCGGCGCUGCGGCUGCGCAACGUGCGCUUCGCCUCGGCCGUCAACUCGGUGUGCGCGGCCGCGCGCUACCACUACGUCACCGUGCUCAUGAAGGGCGAGGCGGAGCCGGGGGCGGAGCCGCGCAACCGCGAGCCCGACAAGAACGAGGGUUGGGAAUGGGUUAAAUGGGAUGAAUUUCCUCCUGCAGAUCAGCUGUUCUGGGCUUUACGCUGUUUACGAGAACAAGGUUACAAUCCCUUUACAGAAGAGCUCGAUCAUCUAAAGGGGUACACAGGAAGUCAUCAGCUAACGUAAAAAUUAAUUUCAUGUUACAAAACAGAGGACAGACUUGCUUGGGUGGUGUAAAAAAGGAAAGAAUAUGUCAUACUCACUCACCCAUGUGAAAAUAUUAUCCUUACCAAAGCCAAAAAAUUCCCAAAUGUUUCAGUGCUUUUACUGUAUUUCAUAUGACUGUUGUCCCUUAUUCCAAAAGUAUUUCUAGCUCUAGUAAUUAACAAAGUUUUCCAGAAGACUGUCUGUUACCCUGCAGACAGUAGACCAUACUUGAAAAUCAGGCUAUUAUAAACACAAAAGGUUGCAGUGGCUGGUUGCAGGGAAUUAAUAUCUCCUGACCCUUCUCACUACACUCCUUUCAUUAUAGAGUCUGUCUACAGCCUCAGUUAUGUUAGAAUUUAUCUCCAGAGGCAUUUCAGAUUUCUGCAGUUGAUCUUAAUUCCUUAUCAUCUUACUAAACACAGUAGUUUAAUGGUGAGGUGCCUACAAUGUUCUACCAGGCUGACAUAAAUACCAUUGUACAAACCUGUCUCAUUUAUAAGUGUGGCACUACAGUUGAGUCACAUUUUUUGGCUGAAGAGGGUUAUCAGUAUUAAAAAAAGCACAGAUGGCUGUAAUUCUAUAUGGCUACUGAGAUGUGAUAAAAUUUUUAAUUUUCAGUUUGGUGUAACUAAAUGCUUGAAUUGGUAGGGAAUGAAAUCACAGUAGACCAAGAUAUAUACACACCCAGUGCAUUUCUAUUUUUCUAGAAUCUGUAAACAAAUUGAGUCUUUUCCAGCUGUAAUCAUUAGGACAUCAGCAAUUAAAUUUAGGAUAUAACUUUAAAGAAAUCACUAAUUAGCUCCUUUUCUCUUCAGUGUUCUUUAAAAACAGUUUUUGUCUGUUUCCUUUAGAUACACCCUUUGUACAAAAUAUCCUGAGAUCUUUCAUUGAAUAAAAACAUAAGAACAAUACUGAAAGAUUAAAA